AUGGAACAUAAAUACGAAACAGAUAAUCUUGAUCUACUUGACAAUAAAGAAGAGGCAAAAGCUCUAGAUGACCUUUCAGCCUUUGCUGAUUUAUGCAAUUCCACCAAUUCAAAGCGUCAAAUUGAUUUUUCAGGAGAUUCAGAGGAAAAUGUAACAAAGCAAAUGAAUCACGACAUUGAAAAAGAAAUAAAAAGUAACAGAGAUAAUGAGUCGUUGCGAGAUAGAAUUUCUGGGCUUGCUGCUACUAAAGCCGGAAUGCAAGGAGUUGAUAAGGAGAAAGUCAAACGAUUAAUUUACGAAAGUUCAAAGGGCUCAGCGUUUUUUCAGAAUGAGAAAAAAAAGGAUGAAGCAACAUCCGAAAAGAUCAAUGAGAUGCUUCAAAAAUAUGAAACUAUAAAGAAAAGUGACUUGCUAAGAGAUUCAAUUAUCGUGGAGUCUAAAGUCAAAGAAUUAGAGCAGUUACGUGACAUGACUCAAACAAUCGUCCACAUCGACAUGGACGCCUUUUUUGCUGCCGUGGAAGAACGCGAUGAUCCGACACUUCGUGGCAAACCGAUGGCUGUUGGUAGUAUGUCAAUGUUGACAACGGCGAAUUACGAAGCUAGAAAAUUUGGCGUUCGUAGUGCGAUGCCAGGAUUUAUUGCAAAGAGAUUAUGCCCGCAAUUAAUCUUGGUACCAUGUCAUUUCGAAAAAUACACUGAAGUUUCAAAAGAAGUACAGAAAGUUUUUGCAAAAUACGAUCCUCAAUUCGCCGCUAUGAGUUUGGAUGAAGCAUACCUUAACAUCACAGAUUAUUUAAACAGAACCAAGCAGCAACCUGCUGAAGUUACUCAACAGAUUCGUGAUGAUAUAUUUCAUGCAACUCAAUUGACCUCGAGUGCUGGUAUAGCCCCAAACAAGAUGCUAGCAAAGAUUUGCUCAGACAUAAAUAAGCCAAAUGGCCAAUAUCAAUUAGAAAAUGAUCGCCAAGUUCUGAUGAAUUUCAUAAAAGAUUUAUCUAUCCGAAAAAUAUCCGGAAUAGGGAGAGUAACCGAACGAAUCUUGAACGUGUUGGAAAUCCACACAUGCGGAGACUUGUUAGAAAAGCUGGUGAUUGUAUAUAAACUGUUUAAGCCAGCUUCUUUUAAUUUUCUUGCUCAGGUGGCAUUAGGCGUUGGUUCCACUGAUGUAGCAAUGGACUGGAAUCGAAAGAGUAUUGGUGUUGAAAGAACAUUUCCACCUUUAAAGAAACCCCAAGAUUUGCGUGAAAAGCUUCGCGAAUUAGCGGUUCAUUUGGAAAAUGAUCUUGCAAAAGAAAAUCUCGAGGCAUUUGGAAGAAACAUCUCCUUAAAAUUUAAAUUGACAUCUUUCGAAUUGUUCACGAGAGCAAAGACUCUACCGAAAUAUAUUCAUAACGCUGAUGAUUUAUACAAGUAUGGAGAGCAGAUUUUGAAGGCGGAAAUGCCAUUUUCUUUGCGACUAUUGGGACUUCGCUUGUCAGCAUUGAGAGAUAGAAAUGAAGAAUUGAAAUAUGGUGUUAAAAAGUAUUUUCCGGUAAAAGAAGAAAACCAAGAAGAAAAUCCCCAAAAAAAAUUGCGCCUAGACACGCAAGAUUCGGAGGAUGACAUGUUACAAGAAUCAACAUUUAAUACUCCUAUAGCAUCGGAUUCUUCUGAAAAUAUGUCAUAUACGGAUACGCCAGACAACUCGGAAUGUCCAACAUACCUUGAAAAGCUAACAGAUAUGAAUCAUAUUCAAUCUGCUUCGGAGUCUUCAAAAUGCGCAUCUUCUAAUAUUAAAACGAAGGCAAGCACAUCACAAGAAGAUAACUUGUUUGAGCAUAAACCCACGAACAAGAUUCUACAACCCAAAAGUCCCCAAUUAUCUGCCACAACUCCAAAUAAAGAAGCUUCUGCAAUUGUCCAUUGGGAAUGUCCUAUUUGUGACCAGAAAUUCAGUAAUUCUUCAGAGCUACGUAUCGAGACACAUACCAAGCGAACAACACUCUCAAACGUUCAUAAAAAGAGUCCGGGCAGACCAAAAAGUACCAGUAAAUCAGGAGUCAACAAUACUAGUGGAAAUUCCGGAAAUCAUAAUAACACAAGCAGCGGCAACUCAACUUCAAGCAAUGGCGGCAAUUCAACUUCAAAUGGAAAUUCUACACAAUCCUCAAACAGCACAUCUAAUAGCAAUUCAACCAACACUAAUAAUACUUCAUCAACCAGCGGCGGUGAUCAAUCAACUACCACUACUCAGAUCCGCGAGACACCUUCAGGCCCAGUUUUGACACCGGCACCAUCACCUACUAACAGUGCAGGACCAUCAAGGCAAAUCGAGUCGAUUUAUCAAAUUGCCGUUGGUAGUGUCUUGGCAUUUGUUGUGAGCGCAAUAGCAUUCUCGUUUUAA